CAUUAAUAAUUUAAACACUUUUGCAAUACACUGAUCUUCUCAAGGCUUCAAUCUCUUCCUCUGCAAUAAAAUCAUCAGCAAUCUCUACUAGAUUUUCUCCAAAAUGGCUCGUACUAAGCAAACUGCCCGAAAAUCAACUGGUGGUAAGGCUCCACGAAAGCAGCUCGCCACGAAGGCUGCAAGGAAAUCCGCACCAACUACUGGCGGUGUCAAGAAGCCUCAUCGUUAUCGUCCUGGAACUGUGGCUCUCCGUGAAAUUCGUAAGUAUCAAAAGAGUACUGAGCUUUUGAUCAGAAAGCUUCCAUUCCAGCGUCUUGUUCGUGAAAUUGCGCAAGAUUUCAAGACGGAUUUGAGGUUCCAGAGUCACGCAGUGCUUGCACUUCAGGAGGCUGCAGAAGCUUAUUUGGUGGGUCUGUUUGAGGACACAAAUCUUUGCGCAAUUCAUGCUAAGAGGGUUACCAUCAUGCCCAAAGAUAUCCAGCUUGCAAGGAGGAUUCGUGGUGAACGUGCUUAAAUUUGAUUGAUGGAAUUUGGUUCUUCUUAGGGCUUAUAGAUAGGAAUUGGUUUCUGUGUUUUUAGCAUUUAAAAUUGUGGUGUAAAGAAGUUUUAUUAUAGUUUGAUAACCAACUAUGGGACUAUUUCUUUAAUUCAAAUAUGUAGAUUUCUACUUCA